AUCUGUCAUUUUGUUGGCAUCCGUGUUUGCGUUCAGAGCGCAAAAUUUGAAGUGAUAAUAUCUUUACCGGAGAAUAUAUUUAGUUUUCGUAGCAAUGCCUGGAAAAUCUUUGAAAUUUAGCAGAAGAGUAAUUGCUCGACAAAAUAAAAAACCAGCAGCUUUAGAGAUGGGGUACGAUCAGCAGCUUCUUCUGGAACGAGAAGCACUGCAAAUGAGCCGGACGGCGUAUCAAACAUAUGAUCAAUCCUCUCAACAAGAUGACGAUGUACAAUGUGUGGAAUAUUCAUCGCCACCAAUCAACCCGAGUAACAUCAGCUUUGACAUCAACGAUCUUGAUGUUAUAAUUCAGGAUAUGGAAAAUCAGGAGCCAAUAGAAAUGACAUCGGAAAACUCGAAACAAAAGAAUGGGAAAUUUACGUUGCACUCGUUGAGGGAAAGGUUUCCUCAGCUUACGAUCAAAUCUGUACCCUCUUCCUUACCAAACACAACUCUCGCUGACGGAAAGUACAACACAAAUUCGGGGUUUAACAAUGCGGAAUAGCUCGUCCGAUUUUUCCUUACGAACGUAUGAAGAAACACUCAUGACGGAUUAAUAAACAAAUAAUAAACAAAUGCAAAAAAUA